AAUAAAAUCUCUUUAUUAAAAAAAAGAUUUGAGACUACUAUACCAGUUUUAAUACGUCAUCUUCCUUUUUCAGGCGGCCAUUAGAGACCUCGUGGGUCUUACAAUUUUACAGUAAGAUCAAGAUGAAUGCAGAAAAAUUAAAGCAGCUACAAGAACAAGUUCGUAUAGGUGGAAAGGGUACUGCAAGGAGGAAGAAGAAGGUUGUUCACAGAACUGCAACAACAGAUGACAAAAAGCUACAAAGUUCUCUCAAAAAGUUGUCAGUGAACAAUAUUCCUGGCAUAGAGGAGGUAAAUAUGAUUAAAGAAGACGGUACGGUGAUCCACUUUAACAAUCCAAAAGUGCAGGCCUCUCUAGCUGCCAAUACCUUUGCAAUUACAGGACAGGCUGAAAACAAACAGAUCGCUGAAAUGUUACCAGGAAUCUUAAACCAAUUAGGUGCAGAGAGCUUCAGUAGCUUAAAGAAACUGGCCUCCACUGUAGCAGCUUCUGGUGACAACAAGCAGUCCACAGAUGACAUUGAUGAAGAUGAUGAUGGAGUCCCAGGUACACUGUUUUACCAGUGCACAAUAUACAGAUACAUUUUGAAUUUUAUCAUCCAUAAGUAUGGAUGUAUCGUGGAUGAGUUAAUGGAUACAUUUGAAGCCAUGAGUGUUUUACCUAUUAAUUUAUUUAAACUGGUGGGGAAAUGUUUGUCAAAUUCCUUUAUUUUAUCACCAUAAACAGUGAACCUUGUAAGUUUUGCUAAAUAAGGAUUAAGUGAGUGAUUGAAAAUCUAUUAAGUUACGUGCACAACAGUUACCACUUUUUAGCCGAGUUGCAACGAAGUUGAACUCGGCUAUUGGUUUGGUGAUGCGGGUGGGUGGUUGGGCGUCAACAAUUGGUUUCCGGAUGAUAACUCGAAAAGUUACAAUCUAAUCAAAUGAAACUUUGAUAUAUUGUUGGGUACUAGGUAAGGAAGACCCCUAUUGCUUUUGGAGAAAAAUUGUCAAAGGUCAAGGUCACAGUGACCGAAAAUAGAAUGAAAAUUUCAGAAAAAUUUGGUUUCCGGUUGACAACUCAGAAAGUUUAAAUCUGAAUCAAAUGAAACUUUGAUAUAUUGUUGGGUACUAGGUAAGGAAGACCCCUAUUGAUUUUGGAGAAAAUGGGUCAAAGGUCAAGGUCACAGUGAACAAAAAUAGAUUUAAAAUUCAAAAAAAAAAAAAAAUAGUUUCCGAAGAAUAACUUGAAAAGUUUUAAUUUGAAUCAAAUGAAACUUGGUUAUAUUGUUGGAUACCAGCAAAGCAAGGUCCCUAUUGAUUUUGGAGAGAAAAAGGUCAAGGUCACAGUGACCAAAAAUAGAUUGAAAACUUCAGACAAAUAUGGUUUCUGGACAGUAACUUGAAAAGUUUAAAACUGAAAUUAGUUCUUCACAAUUAUAAAUAGGCCACAUCAUUCCUGACUUUACAAUGUAUCCCAUGCAAUUCGGCUUAUGCACCCCUGGGUGCAUAUAUUGAUUUUUUCCUUUUUUAUUUUCAGAACUCGUGGAAAACUUUGAUGAAACAUCUAAAGGAGAGUGAAACUGAUGUACAAGAUUUUGUAUAUAGUGCAUGUACAUUUUGUCGGUUUGUGAUAUUGAAGUUACUAUCAAGUGUGAAGCGAGGCGUAUAUUUCCCAGCCGUAAUAUAUGUACAGUUCCGUAUACGAUGUGUAUGUGGACGUACAUCCUUUAAACAGUCAACUGCCAUUACGAAUGACUUGUAUCUCUUUAUUUCAUUAUAUGAUCAAGGGCACUUGGAGAUCAGAUGACUUAAAUUUGUUAGCCCUAAUAUGCUAUAUAUUUAUUUCAUCUUUUUAUCAAGUGCAAAACCAAAUAAAUAUACAAAUUUCUCCAA